AUGGUGCAUUUCCGUCGCUGUGCAUUGGUGUCCUUCGUCGGCAUGUUGACAACAGGUCUCUUUUUCUUGCCGCAGCUCCAAAAGGGCGUGCUGUCCUCUGCGCCAACAUGGACGGCAAAGAGCUUCAGAAUGUUCUUAAGUGCCAUGCCAAACCUGACAGACGACUACAAGCUGGAAGUGGAGCCAGACCGCAACUUGGGUACUCAUCACACGGAGCCCAAUUCGACGCGGGAUCUUGUAGCAAUCAUGGUUGUCGGCCAAUCUCGGCGGAUGCUGGAGGACAUUGAGAGAACUCGGUUGGCAUUCGAGCUAAGCCCUCGAAUUCGGCAGCAUUUGAGGAGCAGGAAUGUUUCCACAUCUUUCAAAUCGCACGUGCUGCACGUCUUGGAGCCCCUACGACGUGCUGGACUUGUGCCCGAGUAUCUGUUGUGUAUUGAGAUGGGAACUGUAAAGAAGAGCCAGCUUCCUUCAGAAGUCGUGCAGGCGUGGACAUUUCGAGCAGAUAGCCAGGUCAAAAGGAUCACGACCUGCCUCCGGCGUGUUCUGGAGAGGGAAUGGAAGAAUAACAUUACUUACAGCUUCUUUGUGCGUCUGAGACCAGACUUCCUUCUGCUAUCCGACCUACCAGACCCACGAGAGCCGCGACGCGGCCCCGGCUGCAUGCUCACGAGGCUGCGCUCGGCGGUGAACAUUCGUGGACUCACGAACGAACAUCUCUCCUUCUGUUACUGCCAAAAGCACUGCUGCUCUGAGGUUCUGCGCGGAGAUGCGCCUGGAUACAUCGUAGACGACAUGCUGGCACUUUCAGCCCGCAGUCUUUUUUUGUUGCUCUGGCUAGGAAACACAACGGGCGAGGGGCCACCAAAGCUGUGGCCUCGCUUCAUAACUCCUAUGGCCGAAACGGACUUCACAACCAGCUUGCUUCAGAAAGGUAUACCAGUGUGUCCACUGGCAGUUCGCGGUUUGCCGCUUGGAAGCUUUGGCUCUGUGCACGCAACCGAAGCUUCCAGAUGUGGAUAUUUGGAAGAUGGGCCUGCCCUCGCGCAGACAGCUUGUGGCCAGAACCUGACUCCAGUUGAGGAUGUACCUCUGCUGACACCACAUGCGUUGCCGUAG